AUAUGAAAUUUUUACCUGGCAUCACUGACCAAAGUCCAAAAGGAAGAGAAGAAUUAAACAUUUUGUGUACCGUUUAGAAGAAAACAUACAGAAACAAAAACUAUUAUUUGGCAUAUAAACCUUAAAAUAGUGGAACUACUAUAUACUUAUGGAUAUUAAUAACAUGAACUCUACAAAACUCUAUUGUUCAGAAUCUGAUAACUGUGAAUCAGAUAUGGCUUCUAAUCUUGAAUCGUGCAGCAAUAAGUGCGAAAAAACAUUGAAGCGGGUAGCUGUUUUCGAGGAAAAGUUUUCAUCAAAAAUGAUUCGAUCACAACAAUGCGUGUUCGCAGCAGACUCUGUAAAGAGUAGUAAAUCUAUAGUUUAUUCUGAGCAAUCGAUGAGAAUGAUGGACAAGAUGAAAUACGACAAAAGCAGAGGUCUUGGGAGAAGUGGACAAGGUCGUACCGAUAUUGUACAAAUUGUUGCUCAAAAGGGACGUCGAGGACUUGGACUGAAAUUGGAUGAACUGGAUACAGCAGCUUCAAGUUGGGAUGUGUCAUUAGAGCGCAUAGAUAUUCCAGAAGAGAUACAUUGGUUGGAAAAUAAAAAUCAGGAUGUAGACGAUUGGAACAUAGAUUUACUGAAAUCUUGGAUCAAACUUGGGAAGAGAAAUUUAAAUAUCUCAGGGGAAGACCAGUUCUGCCAGAAGAAUGUACUUAACAAAAUUUUAGAAUGCAAAACAGCCUUCGAUAAAUUGGAUGCAAAGGAAAUGCGGAAAGCAAGAGCUAAAUCGAACCCAUUUGAAGCAAUCAAAUCUAAUAUAUUCAUGAACAGAGCAGCAGUGAAGAUGGCUAACUUGGAUUCCAUGUUUGAGUACAUGUUCACCAAUCCUGUAGACGAAUCUGGCAAUUCUUUGGUAGGAAGUAAAGAUCUAUUGUACUUCGCAGAUGUUUGUGCGGGCCCGGGAGGGUUUUCAGAAUACUUCUUGUGGCGAAAAAAAUGGGAAGCUAAAGGUUUCGGGUUUACCUUGCGUGGUGAAAAUGACUUCAAAUUGCACGAUUUUAUAGCAGGGACACCAGAAACAUUUGACACAUAUUAUGGCCCCAAAAAUAAUGGUGAUAUUUUUGAUCUCACCAACAUAGAUGGAUUCACGAAAUAUAUAAUGAAUCAAACGGAGUUUGGAGUCCAUGUUAUGAUGGCCGAUGGAGGCUUUUCUGUCGAGGGAAACGAAAACGCGCAAGAAAUUUUAUCAAAACAGUUGUAUCUCUGUGAAAUAUUAGUAGCAUUGAAUAUUGUAAGAACUAGCGGCCAUUUCGUAGUUAAGCUAUUCGACUUAUUUACGCCGUUUAGUGUAGGGCUUAUAUAUUUGGCAUAUAAAAGUUUCAAAAAAAUAUGCAUAUGUAAGCCAAACACCAGCAGACCAGCAAAUUCUGAACGUUACUUAGUAUGCAAAUGGAAAAAAGCAAGAACGGACAUAAUAGCACAACACCUUUACGAAGUGAAUAAACUAUUGAUGAAUCAAAAUGAGGAAACAGAUGUUAUAGAACUUGUACCAUUUUCGAUGAUGAAAGAAGAUAACGACUUUUUUCAAUAUGUUUACAACAGUAAUAAUGAAUUAGGACAAAAACAGAUCGUUGGGUUACUUAAAAUUGCAGCAUUUAGUGCCAAUGAAGAACUGGUGGAAAAUAAACAAAACGACAUCAAGAUCAGAUGCUUGCAAUUAUGGAAUUUAGAAGAUAACUUGCGUAAAGUUUUACCAAAGCCAAGUAAUGAGCAUAUCGUUAAUAAUUUAUUAAAAGAAUGGGUAAAUGAAAAGUUGUUUCUUUCGGCACCGGAAGAGCAAUUAAAUAGCUCGAAACUGGAACAACUUUUUCCUUCAGUACAUGGAUGGUAUUUCGUACCUUUAGACAACACUGAAAACACUAGUAAAAACUUUCGUACACUUUUCAUAGGAAAAGGUGGAAAGGAAGUAUUACAAUAUAACUCGAUAAAACAUGUAUGGAGUUUAGUUAAAGAUGUAUAUUUGGAACUACCUUCAAAAACCUUGCUGUACGGUGAAAUCGUAAAGGAAUUACAGGGCGAAGGAAGAUCUCAGAUUUCCAUAAAUACGUUUCAUAUUAUUGAUGGUAUUAUUCUUGGCGGUAAAGAUAUUCGCAAGUGGCCGCUUAGAGAGAGGUUAAAAAUUUGCGCAAAAUUUGCUAUGGCUUUAAGUAAACCUCUUAAGACAGUUAAAAAUAUGGAUUCUACUCACACUGUUACUAUGCCCAUAAGAAGCAAGAAACUUUUCGCCCUUAGCGAUUUAGAAUUAUUUUUCAAUCAGCUUGUGAGCUACAAACUUAAAGGAGGGGAAAUUCGUUUAGGUUACCAUCUACGUAACAGUAAUGAACCAGCUAGAUUCUAUGUUCCUCGGGCCUUAUUAUUCCUUAAUGAGAUUCGUGACGAUUUUCUCAAGGUUUAUUCCAAAAGCCAAAGCAAGUUUUAUUACUAUUGUAAGAAAAGACAAAUAUCGCUUUUUCCGGAACAAAUGAAGUGUACGGAUGAAACAAUAGCUUCUUUCAAAAAUACGUAUAUUCAUCGUAUCAUAUGGAAGUGGCAACAUACUCACCAAGUGUUACAUGAGGACGACAUGGAAAAAAUUAGUAAGGAUCCCAAUAUGAUUUAUCGUAUGGAUAUAAAUCAUUAUUUAGCCUAUAAUAAACAUACCUAAUGUUAAGUGCCAAUACAUUUAUAAGAACAAAAAUCAUCUUUUAUAUAUCCUAACCUGGUUAAUAACAACUAUUUAUAUUCAAAAAUACCUUGUCUGUGGUGCGAUGGAGACAACGGUAAAAUUUAAAAUACCAUCAUGUUCAUCGCAAGAUUUUUUAUUUAGAACACAUCAUCGGUCCAAACGGAAAAUUUAAAAAAAAAACUAAUUUACCUAGUGGUGUAAUGAUGCCUUUCGCACACUGAAAAUCAUUUCUACACAUUUUUGAGGAGAAAUCACUCAUUGUCGAGCUCUUCUAUAAGCUAUCCAAAAUUGUGUCGUUUUCUACUCAAACUGAGUUGAUCGGCAAAAAUGGCUAGCGUGCUUUUUGGUCUCCGGACUGUACCAGCCUAGAUGCCGUGUGGAAUCCGGCGGAAAAAAAUGAACCAAGAAUAGAUCCACUGGAGACCUGCUUCCAUGUCGUAAAAGGCGACAAUUGCAGAAGUUUCUUUUUCCUUUCAGUUAUCAAAUAUUUUCAAUGUUUUACUUCUGAUUACUCUAUUUUACUAAAUCAUCUCUUUAUUCAACCUAUCAAUUUCCGUCUAGCUUCGGAGAAAAGUUUUAUUAGGAAUGAUUUCUUCUUCCAUGUUAUUGAUUGUCUUUCAGGAUUAUAAAAUGAAUGAUAAAAAUCAACCAUUGCGCAAAUCCGUUUAUAUUACAAAGUUAGUAACAGAGAUAACAUAUAUCGGUAUAUUGAAAACAUAGUAAAAAACACUUGAUAUUAAUAUUUCAAACAGUAAAUUAAUAUUUUUCUCGGUAGCCGGCUGCCCAGAUCAACUAAUAUAACCAAUUAAUAAUUUUAAUAAAUAAUUAAAAUAAUAAAGCGGAAAUAAUAAAGAAUCAAGACGCGUGUGAAAUCUGUUGACCUUUGUUUGGUGGUUUAAAAUGAUUUUAUAAUAACUGUUUAGAAUAUUUCAAUGCAAUGAAUCAACUUUUUUGUCUAAAUCCUAUUCGCUCGUUUAUUUUGUAUCACGUAGUUUCAUUUAUAAAAACGUGCUUAAUCCACCUAGCAGUGAGAUGAUACCUUUUUUUUAUCAAUCCGCAUGUGUUUUUUUUCCAUGACUAAAAAAACGCGAAAGGUAGUUGCAUAAACGAGUGACUGCAUACUCGACAGCCGGCUGUCCGGAGUUUUGUCAAUUUCGGAGAUUGACUGUUUCGUGCAUUAUAUUGCCAGCACAAAGUAACACAUGAAACGAUAAUAAUUUAAAAUAUUCUUGGUAGCCGGCUACCCAGGGCAAUAAACACAUGAUCACAUUAUUAAAACAUUUACUAACAAACUAUCCUCUCCUGUGAUGCAUGUGGGAAUGCAGAGGAUUCCUCGGUUCUUAGUAGCAACAUGCAUCGAACUAACAAUCCUUUCCCUCCCAAGUAGAUCUGCAUUCGGACGUGGCCGGCGUCGGUAUUGAUCAGCAUGCAUGGUUCAAUACAGUUUGCACAGUGUGAAACAAUGUGUUAUUCCCAAACAUGUUACUUCAAAAAAUCAUUUUGCAAUCUCAAUUGGUCCAGAUCAAUAACGGAGUAGCAACACACGGGCGGUCUCUAAUGCUAAUGCUAAUGCUAAAAAAUGGCUAGCGUGCUUUUUGCCUUUCUCAUAUAGAAAGGUUAUGCAAUCACUGUGAAAAGCUACUUUUGAACCGAGGCCCGGAGGGCCGAGUGUCAUAUACCAUUCGACUCAGUUCGUCGAGUACGCAAAAUGUCUGUGUGUAUGUAACGUUUUUUUGCACUAACUUUUCUCGGAGAUGGCUGAACCGAUUUUCACAAACUUAGAUUCAAAUGAAAGGUCUUGUGGUCUCAUACAAAUUUCCUGAAUAUUAUUUGAAUCCGACUUCCGGUUCCGGAAUUAUUGGGUAAAAUGUGAAAAUAAGUGCACUAAUUUUUCUAAGAAAUGGCUGAACCGAAAGGUCCUGUGGUCCCAUAUGUAAUUCCUGAAUUUCAUCUGGAUCCAACUUCCGUAUUCGUAAAUAUAAGGUAAAGUGUGUUAAAAAUUGUAUACUGAAAAGGGCGAAAAACCGUAAAAAGUUUUCUAAAUCGACCUCAAAUCUUCUCCAAAUAAUAGUUUUUAUCAGUAGACGGUCAAACAAACCGAUUUCGGUUAUUCUUUUCAGGAAUCGAAGAAAAUUAUUUUGAAGAAUUAUAUAUGAUGGUAUGAUUGAUAUGAGAAAGGCAUCAUUACACCACUAGGUGGAUUAAAACAGGUUUUUUAGAUUAGCAUCACUGUUCUCAUACAAAUAAGCAACGCAAAUGUCAAGCACUAGUUUGGAAAAAUGAUGCUGACUGUGUGACAUAAACAGUGAAGCAUGCUUUUGUGAACUACACUCUUACCAGCCGCUACCUAAUUUUGGGUCAGAACCUACCCAAAAGUGCAUCUCCUCAAUUUUGGGUAACGAGUUAUGACCUCAAAAUUUAGGUAACUGUAAGUUUAGUACAAGUGUUAUACCAUAACAAAGCACGCCACCCAUUUUUACCCAUCAACUCAAAGUUUGAGUAGAUAACGACCUAAUUUUGGGUAACUUAACAAAGCACGCCACCCAUUUUUACCCAUCAACUCAAAGUUUGAGUAGAUAACGACCUAAUUUUGGGUAGCUUAUUGAGCAAUUUAACGUCUCUGUUACUCACACCGAAGCAGAGUGCGCAGAUCUAUUCAUAUACGAAAUUAGAAUGUGUGCGAGCCGAAGUCAAAGUUUGUUGUGGGUUCAAUUUUACACUGAGGUAAAACAUUUUUGACUCAUAAUCAUCACUGCGGAAAAUGCAUAUAGAAUGUCGUAAGUUAUGAACUAAUGAACCAAGUAGAAGACAGUUCCAUUACGAGAUAUAGAGUUUCAUGAACGAUUUUAUGUCUUUCUCAACUGUUCUCUUUGCAUUGCAGUGUUUUUUAUUGCAUAUAUGUCUUCAAUAAUUGGCACGAUGCGGCUCGACAAAAUUCACUGGAUUAUUUCGACAUACUCACACUAGCAUUAACCUUCCAACUGCUGAGAAUAGACACACCAACACAUUCGCACGUAGAUUGGACUAUAGAAGGGCUCGACAAUUAGUGAUUUCUCCUCAAAAAAUAAGCAGAAGUGAUUUUCAGUGUACUCGAAUCAAUCUGAAUCAAUUGGUGUCAAAAUUAGUAUCCGAAAUUAUUUAGUAAAAGUAUGAAAUAUAUUUUCAUGAGACUUUUACGAUAGAAGAGAAAGGCAUUAUCACACCACUAGGUGGAUUAAGAAAGGUUUUUUAUGGAGUAAUACUUGUACUAAACUUACAUUUACCCAAAUUUUGAGUUUAUCACUCGUUACCCAAAAUUGAAGAGAUGCACUUUAGUUGAUUUUGGAUAGGUUUUGACCCAAAAUUAGGUAGCGGAGUGACGACACCGUGCACGGAUACUGAUUAUUUGGCGCACUGAAGGCGUCACUGAAACGUCACGAAACUGAAAUGUGUGAAAUGUGAAAUCGUACAUCUCAACCAAGUCAGUCGAUAAACCAAAACCGCUUACGUUCGGGACAGAAGAAAUCAAGUACAGUAUUGUGUAGUGAACAAUAGAACGAUCUCGAAAUGAGUGAACCAAACGAGCUACCGCCGGUACGAAAGAAUACAAUCAUUGUUGACUUCAGACAGUGCAAAAUUCGACCUUCGAUACGAGAACUUGAAGGUUUGCUUAAGGAGCAAAUGCAUCUUGACAUUAAUCGUGUACAUUUACUUCAAUGCAAUAAGACCAAUAAUGUUGUUUAUAUCCAGUUCUAUAAAGAGUUGGAUGCAAUUCAAUUCGCUAAAGACAAUAAUAAUGUGCACUAUGUGGAGCUUGAAAAUAUCAAGUACAACAUUCCAGUAUAUAUGGAAGAUAGUGCUAUAGAAGUGCGUGUGCAUGAUCUACCCUCAUGCGUCCCCGAUCCUUAUAUUCGCGCAACUAUGUCCCAAUACGGAGAGAUUCUCUCUAUCGAAAAAGAAAAGUGGAAGAAUUUUUUCCCCGGUAUUCUAAAUGGCGUACGUUUGUUACGCAUGCGCUUGAGGAGGCCUAUACCUUCUUAUGUGACAUUCGGUCAGGAUACAAGAAUACCGUGCAAAUCACUUGUUACCUAUGAUAAUCAGAUGGCCACGUGUCAAUAUUGCCAAAAAGCUGUUCACUACGGUAAGCCAUGUGAUAAACCGGACAAGGAGACAACUAUACCAAAGGACAACGGUGCUUCCUUCACAUCAACCCCAAGCAACCCCAAUACACCUGUGACAGUCACCAACAACAGGGAAGUAUCCCCACAGACUAACAGACAUGACAGUAUGAGUAAAUUCUUAUAAAAAUAAUUUUUCGUGAUGCACUAGUUCCACCUAUAUUGUACUGCGCGAACUAUUUACUAUCGGUACACCCCUUGUGUUAUGUAAAAGUUUUUUUACUAGUUGGUUUCCCCUCGUUUGUCAACACCGAUCAGCUGCUUGCAGGGAUGCCUGAUUUCAUUAAAAUAUUUGAAAGUGAAUCGUCACAAUAAAUUAUUGGAUUACGUUGAUAAUAUAUUUAAUUUUUUCCCGAUGUUGGAAGGUUUACCAUUUAUUUGACUCAACGUUGUUCAUCUAGACUAUUUUUUAUUGUGUUGGUAGUCUUCACCCGAAAUUAAGUGGCGGCAGACCAGAAGCAAGUAAAUAUUGUAACAAAACGGGUUCGAUUUUGUAUUGCGUUGGAGGAUGAGAAGUAGGCACAAUUAUGUAUAUAGUUUUGGCAAUAUUUAUUAAAUCUGUAUCCUGCAUGAAAUUCGCAUGGACGUAUACAAAUCAAA